UUCCCUCUGGUUUUAGGCCACAACAACCUGGAAAACGAAUGUACCUGGACUCAAUAGCGACCUUGGAUACACUCUAUGGCCCCAGAAACACGCAAGAUCGACCACCAGCACCAUUCGAGUCUGUUCCCCCAGACUUGCUUAUAGAAUUUGCUUCAUUGCUCGAUUCGCGAAGGGAUAUACUGAAUUUCGGGUUGACGUCAACAAAUGUCUUCUCUCACGUAUCAACUGUGUUGUACGAGAAGAUUACUUUGCAAACAUCCCAGCAAUGUUCCAUUACACUUGGAAUGUUGACAAAACGGCCAGACAUUGCUCGGCACGUUCGAGAACUCGCAUAUGAACCAGAUAGGUCCUGCUCGAGACGGUCGAUGUCCACAACCGACAAUGCCGAGGCAUGUCAAGCAAUCAUCAAGGUCGCGUCGUCCAAACGUUUGGACGCCCUUGUUAGGUUUCAGUGGAACGACGAGGAACUGCCUCAUCACGAGGAUAUGUGGUUCGCCUUGCGUAUGGGGUGCCCUCAACUCCGGUAUAUCGCAACGUCCAUAGGCGCCGUUUUACCGAAUCUAAAUAGCCAUCUAUUCGACUUCACCGAUCUCAAAGGUUUCUCUCUUAUCCUCAAGACUGGGUUCUAUGAAAACCACAACGAUAUGUUCCUCGAUGAGGACCAUCCACUUUCUAAAAAGUUCAAGCGCAUGCUCAUCGAUCGCUGCCCGAAUCUCGAAGAACUUGGCAUAGACGGCUCUUACUCAGUGCCCACAGAUAUGCACUACCUCGUCGAAGGACGAUGGCCUCGCCUACGCAAGCUAACCCUCGGUGACGUCUGCAUCGACUGGUUCCCCCGAUCACUAGGACAAGGCGAAAAACGACCAUUCAUUGCAUUCCUGGAGGCCCAUGAACACCUGGAAUCCCUGAGUUUAUCCAGACACACCAUACAGCCCAUCCACCUAUCCUCCUUAGAUCCCAGCAGCCUCAGCCGCGUGACUUCCUUCUGCGGAACUCACCAACAACUCCAGGCUUUACCUCACAUACACACUUCUCUUAAAUCAGUUACCUUCCGCGACGCGGUAGAGACACGCGAGGUGUCGGCGCCGAUUGUGGCGAGCCUUCUGCGCGAGUUGACCUCUCUAACCGAUCUCAAGAUCUCGUUUACGCUUCAUUCCAUGCUGCGGCACCUCGAGUUGACCUGUGCCCAUAAACCGUCGUUCCAGCUGGAUGCAUUCGCAAAGACGAUUCGAGGCUUCCCCAAGCUCCAAACUCUGAACUUGACGAUCGUCCGGUACCCAGGCGACGAGACCCUCUCGUCUGGUGCAGCAUGUAUCGCGAAAAGCAAUCCACGCCUGAGGCGUUUCUCCUUGACCUUCAUCCCGCCUGUGUACCCCGUGCCUCUACCUUUCUCCAUCGCGUAUCGGACGUUCCCCUUCCCCCUUCCUUCCCGAGCAUCCGGUUCAUUCGAACUCGUGUGCGACGAGCAUGGGCUGCCCAUUACCAUCACUGCCCUCGAGCAUUCCAGGAUGGUGUGGCCUUGGGGUCUCGGGGUGUCGUCCCGGACACGCAAAUACAGCAAGGAUCUUCGACCUGCUGCGUUCUCCAGUGGGGCACGUAAACGGGGGAUCAUGGGGAUCAUGGGGUUGGUCAUGGAGAAAUCGAGUGCGGGGGAAGAGAUCAGGGUGAUGUUGUUUUGUUCGUUGCUCCUCUGUCUGGCACUGUGGGGCUUCAUUAUGAGCGGGAGGCGCAGGGCGUCUGCGGAGGUCGCCAAGUCGUCGAUUCGGACGAUGAUCAAUAACAGUCGGUAA